AGCACUGGGUCAGAAGAUAUAUCCUGCUGCUGGCAGAGUUCCUGUCAAGAGAUCAGGUCUUUCAAGAGAAUGGUUAUGGUUUAGCUCAGCAGAAUUUGUUGAGCAACUACGAUAUGCUGGGGACCGUGGCAUGGAAUGCAACUUGCAAAAACUGGCUGGCAGCAGAGGCUGCCCUGGAAAAGUACUACCUUUCCAUUUUUUAUGGGAUUGAGUUCGUUAUGGGAAUCCUUGGAAAUACCAUUGUUGUUUAUGGCUACAUCUUCUCUCUGAAGAAUUGGAACAGCAGUAAUGUCUAUCUCUUUAACCUCUCUAUCUCUGACUUAGCUUUUCUGUGUACCCUCCCCAUGCUGAUAAGGGGUUAUGCCAAUGGAAACUGGAUAUAUGGAGACGUGCUCUGCAUAAGCAACCGAUAUGUGCUCCAUGCCAACCUCUAUACCAGCAUUCUCUUUCUCACUUUUAUCAGCAUAGAUCGAUACUUGAUAAUUAAGUAUCCUUUCCGAGAACACCUUCUGCAAAAGAAAGAGUUUGCUAUUUUAAUCUCCUUGGCCAUUUGGGUUUUAGUAACCUUAGAGUUACUGCCCAUACUUCCCCUUAUAAAUCCUGUUAUAACUGACAAUGGCACCACCUGUAAUGAUUUUGCAAGUUCUGGAGACCCCAACUACAACCUCAUUUACAGCAUGUGUUUAACACUGUUGGGGUUCCUUAUUCCUCUUUUUGUAAUGUGUUUCUUCUAUUACAAGAUUGCUCUCUUCCUAAAGCAGAGGAAUAGACAGGUUGCCACUACUGUACCCCUUGAAAAGCCUCUCAACUUGGUCAUCAUGGCAGUGGUAAUCUUCUCUGUGCUUUUUACACCCUAUCAUGUCAUGAGGAAUGUGCGGAUCGCUUCACGCCUGGGGAGUUGGAAGCAGUAUCAAUGCGCUCAGGUCGUCAUCCACUCCUUUUACAUUGUGACACGACCGUUGGCCUUUCUGAACAGUGUCAUCAACCCUGUCUUCUAUUUUCUUUUGGGAGAUCACUUCAGGGACAUGCUGAUGAAUCAACUGAGACACAACUUUAAAUCCCUUACCUCCUUUAGCAUGAGGUCAUGAACUCCUAUUUUCAUUCAGAGAAAAGUGAGGUGUCUGUGAAACAGAUUGUUUUACAAAUGCAUCUGUAAGCCAGUUACAGUUUGCUUUAACUCGUAGACAUCAAUCAGAGAGUGUCACAGAUUUAACCUUCAUCUAAAGACAAGUUGUACCCAGAGUAUGCGAAAAGAAUGGGACGACAAGAAUGUACCAGUUUCUUCUCCUAAGAACUGAAAGGAGUGGGAUUGCCUCAUGUUUGGGCAACUCCAAAAUACUAGGUGUUAUAAGGCUUUCUCACUCAGUGCAAAAAUGGAAGAUAUAUAAAGCAAUAAGCUGUCUGCAUUUGAUCAUUGGUCAGAUUGUAAAAAAAAAAAAAUUGUUUUGGCAACAUUCUCCAUGUUUUUCUCAUUCAUAUGAUCCUAGAACUUUAUGUAAGAGCUGAAUAGCAGAAGAUGUAUUAUUAAAUAUUUUUCAGAAGUUGUGCUGUUAAGCAAAUUUAAAGUCAACAGUAACAAUGAUUAAGAAAGUAAUAUAUGAAAGCAAUAUAAUGAGUUCAAAGAUAUCUAUCUGAUAUAUUUUUUAUAUUCAUCAUGAAUCGGGGUAGUCUUUUAAUUUAUCUAUCCUUUCUUGUUGUAUGGUUUAUAGUGGAAAGAAUCUUAAUUUAAAUUAAAAAGAACCUAAAGAGAUAAUUCAACAAAAGUAGAGAAUAUGUUUGAGCUUGUCAGGAAAUUUAGAUAUUGAAAUACUAGAGAGAUACACCAAGGAUAUUUGAAUAAUAAUUUAAAAAAAGAUUUGUAGAACACAAAGUGCCUAUCGGGAAACCCAAAGCAAAACAGAGCAAAAGCGAGUACAUCGUUUUAAAUGAUGAUUUUGCUAUCUGGCAUUUUACUAUCAUAAUUUGACCACCAGUGCAUGAAAAUAUAUUAAAAUUCAUUAGCCUUCCGCUCUGGAUUUAAUAGUGAACUUUAAAAUAUAUUAAUAUCAUAAACCAGCAAAUGAGGACAAAUAAACUGAUAAUAGUAGAUUCAUUGGGAUGGUUUUCCCUUUUGGAGGGAAAGUCACAAUUUUUUUCCGUGAUCCCCCUUUUUUUGUAAACGCUGGAAUAAUUUACAAGGAUAACUUUAUUGCAGCAAGAGUGAGUCACAUCUGGAAUGAGCCUUGCUUUCAUGUAAUAUUACUGUAAGAUCAUUGUAGUAAAUGUUUCAAACAAAAUGUACUUUAUGAAAUUAUAGAACAUAAAAAUAUUUAUGUGCUUAUUAAUCUGUAUUAUCCCAGGAGGGUUAAUGAGGCACCAUAUUAUGCGUAAAACAAAUGUAGGGGAAAAAAAUGGGUGCUGCAUUAGCUUUUUAAAGUCAAAGAAGUGCCACAUAAUAAUUCCCUGAUAUGCAACAUAAAGUGUCUGUGGCCACAUAUCUAAGUUUCUUUCCUUGAUGUCAUUAGCUAUAAGGAGUGAGUAAUGUGAAGGAUAAAAUAAGCAUUAUGAAUACAGAGACAUAAAAUUCCACUGUCCUUCCUUUUCUGAAAUACUCUGGGAGGUGUUCUGAUAUUUUUUAAUCUGUCAAUUUUCCCAGUUAAUAUCUCUAGACCUCAAACAACUGAAAUAUUAUAAAAAUGCAUUAGUCACAAAAGAUUUAUUUUCUUACAUUGCACUAGGCUUCAAGAUAUUUUCUGCCAUGCCUUGCCUUUAGUAUCAAUAUUAUAAAAAUUUCAUUGUAAUUUUAUAACUGCCUAAUAACAAACUGAAAACAGAACUUCUGAGUUUCCUCAUCAGAAAGGGCCACAGAAAAGGCCUUAGGAAAGAAACGUUCACUUACUUCCGCGAACUUGGCAAUCUGUAAUUUAACUUUAAUUUGUAUUUUAUGCAUGAAUUUUACUUGUAAAGAUGAAAUUAAAUUUGCUUCCCCUAUACCCCAACUCCAAGAAGUCACAGGAAUGGACUCUUUCUAAUAGUGCAGUGAAAUAUUUUUUCAAACCAUAAACACACACAUAUACAUAUACCUUGUAAAUAAGAGGUUAAGACAUUUUAUAGCACAUUUAAAAAUUAUUUUCUUCCUCAAAUCUAUCAUGUGGUAACUUAAUUCUUAACAGACUUUAGGGCCCUAAACUAAAAGUAUAAGAGGUAUUUCAUUUGCUUUUUGUACUGGGUAGUUGUAAGAAUCACAAACAAUAAAUCAUGGAAAUCCUUUCUGGGUUUGUGGUUUUUAAGGAAAUAGUAUUGAACUUUUGUAUUUUGUCUUUUAAUUGGCUCCCUGGUAUCUUCAGAAUGAUGUCUAAACUAUUUGGUCCAAAUUCUUCAAUCUGGACCCAUCUACUCUUCUUACGUUAUCUCCUAUCACUGUUGUCACAAACCAUAGCCUAUAGCUAAAGAUUGCUACUUUAGUUUAUUAUAUUCUGAACUUUCUUCACUUUGUACCCCUGUUGCUCAUCUUGGUUCCAUCAUACCUGCAUAUAUAAUAAUUCUAAACAUCUUUCAAGGUUCAUCUCAUCUGUCAUUCCUUGUUGAAGUUUGCCCUUAUAUCCUCUCUUCCCCAAAUCUAAAAGUAAAAUUUUCUACCGCUGGAGCUUCAGAUACUUUUAAUACUACUUAUUUGAAUUUCGUUAUUUUUAUUACAGUUAUUUAGAUUUAAGUCAACUCCAAGGUCUGUGAGUUGAAAAUUAUACCUAAUUAUUAUUGUCUUCAUAACAGAGUACUUUUAAAAUUAUGGUUUAUUGUAAGUGAAUGUCUUACAGAACAAACUCAGAGUCAAGCUUCUUUUGAAUGUGCAUAAUCAAGCUAUUUUCUGUCAUCAUUACUUUAACAAGUAACAUUAUUUUCUAUGAAGAAUAGAGUGCAUAUACAUAAACCUAUGUGCCAGUUGCCAUUGCACUGCCUCUCACAUUUUCCUCUAGACUUUUGAGCAUAGUUUUAAUGACUGUUUGAAAUCUCUGUCUCAUUGUUCCAAAUCUGGUCAUCUUGGAGUUGGUCCUCAUUGGUGCCUUUUCUCUUAAGUAUGGGUCAUAAUUUUCCUGUUUCUCUAUAUGUCUAGUAAAUUAGAAUUUUAUUCUAGAUGAUGAAUAAUGUGUGGCAGAGAUUCUGGAUUCUGCUACAUUCU